GUGGAUGCAGAGGUCAGGGCACAUGUCUACUCGCUUGUGUCGGCAAUCGGUGGCAGUAGUACUGUCAAUGAAGGUCAAUAUGUUCUCGGUGACGAUGCCCUGGCUUGUUUGAAGGACUUGUCCAGAUGGAUCCGCCUGUACGACGACCGAAUCAACCGACACGACGUCAAAAGAUGUAUGGCCGAGGCCAACCUGGUCAGAGGAGACUUGCUGCCAAUUCUAGCUCAACAAGGAGACAAGAGCGACCGCAGCGUCCUGGCAACAAAAGUCGCCCUCAACUGUCUCGACCUGCUCAACACUCUGACCUGGCCAAUCGAACGCAAGGAAGAGACCAUGACUAUCAACACCCACAGGCAUCUCCCAUACAUCAAGCUCGCCCAAGUCGAAUACAAGCGCGCCAUCCUGCAUUGGGAAUCUGCCCACAUUCUCCGCACCGCAAUCAGCGUCGCCAUUCCUGCCAUAACGCAAUCGAGGACCGAGCGCAAUCCAAGAGACGACUCGAUCAUCGGUGUUGUGCUCUACUUCCUCCGCAAUAUCGCCAUCAUCGCCCAGCCAGUCGACGUGCCUAGUCAGAGCGACGACAAUGACAUCAACAGACUGGACACGAUCCACGCCUUCCACCAGCAGAAUGUCCUACAACUCCUGCUCACAAUCGCAUCGAGCGUCACCGACGAAUAUCCUAUGCACGACAUUGUCCUUCUGGAAAUCCUCUUCCACCUGCUCAAAGGCAUCGACCCGAAAGACCUGUUCAAAAAUGAAAAGCAACUACAAGAUUCGCGAAAUCAUGACUUCAAGGCUCUACUGGACAAGGAGAAGGCUAUGAAUUCUUCCUAUGCAAGAAACGCCCCAAGUCGUCACCAUCGAUUUGGAACUAUGAUAUGGGUGAAGCGUCCGGAUGAGAAGGUCUCGACUCUGAGCGGUCAGAACGUCAUCUUUGAUGAGCAAAAGACUAUGCAUCAGAUGGACCAGUCAAAAUUAUGGAACAAGCCAAAGCCGCGAAAGAAGAACGUCGAGGUUCAAGACGAGAACAAUGAUUUCGAUAACAACGUCAUCCUGGACGAGCCCACCAGGAAAAUCGUCCGCCACUUUACCGAAGACUUCCUUGAUUCGUCCUUCAAUCCCUUGUUCAACAGUCUUCGACGCGCUCUCACCUCGGAAGCUGAGAGAGCUCAAAAGUACAAUACUCGUCAAUACUACUACCUGAUGGGCUGGUUCCUACAGGCAGAGCGUGCUAGACAGGACUUGCUGAAGCGCAAUGGCAAGGUACAUGACGCGGCUGUCGAUGAUUCUCCCUUUGCAUAUAUCGCUGCCGUCAUGACUCAGGAAAACUUCAUCUUGCUUGGACGAAAGAUACAGCAGAGUCUAGACGACAAGGAAUGGUCUGACUUGCACGCAUGUAUGCGUGCCUUUACCCAGAUCUUACUGACUGUCACCGCCAUGGCAGAUUCUCCUUCUGAAGACGAUCAAGAAAUUGCCGAGAAUAUCCAAAACAGAAUCUUCUACGAGGAAACCACCCACGACCAAGUCAUUGCUGUGCUCAGGGGAUAUAACAACCAAGGUUUCGCUUUCCUGGAUGCUUGCACAGACAUGGCACAUACUUUCUUGCGCAUGCUAGAACGCUACAGCAAACAGAAUGUUGACAUGCAAGUUCGGUCCAAAAGACGCACCCGCAAAAAGCGCAAGGUCGAGGCUCAGGUCAAUGGCGCGGACGACGAAGGUGCAGCGUCCGAGGCCGAAGAUCAAGCUGACGCUCAACGCGCGGUGAGUGAGCGCAAAUUUGACUUUACUCGCUUUGCCAGCAAGUUUAUGACCGAAAGUGCUGUCAACACCUUCGUCCGCUUCACGAGUUACUACAAGGAUCUGGACACAGAACAAUUGAAGCGCUGUCAUCGUUUCUUCUACCGUUGCGCGUUCAAGAUGGAAAGAACGAUCUUCCUCUACAGAGUCGAUAUCCUGCACUUGUUCAAUCGCAUGAUCAAAGGGCCAGAGGGCCUCUCCAAAGACCUUCCUCUGUUCAAAGAGUGGGAAGAACUAGUCAAGCAGGUAUUCAGACGUUGUCUAAAGAACCUCGAACAACGCCGAGAACUCAUGGUUGAGAUGCUGUUCACCAAGAUCCCCAAUACAAUAUUCUAUCUCGAGAACGGGUACGAGAUGGAGAUUACGAAAGCUAGACCAAGACCUCCAGCUGAGCUGGUAGUGAAACCUGGACUGAGCCAAGAGCAGCAAAUUGCUGUGGCUGUCAGCGUGCUUGUCAACCAAGGCAAGCUUGACGCUCUGGCUUGGGUCAAGGACGUUCUAAAUUCUGCCGCCGAAGAGAGACGGGCAUGGGAGGAUUUGCACGAUGCGCAAGCGAACCUGGCGAACGACACAAACACCGGAACGAACAACAAUACAGCAAAUCAAGAGGACAAGCCCAAGGCACCUUUCAUCAACCUCAAACCUGAUACCGACGACCGCAAGCUCAGCCUCUUCAAGGACAAGUUCCUUCGUCUACUCCUCAAGCUGUUAUCACUCGACCGCCUUGGCGAGAACGACGAUCCCGAUGCUUCCUGGAUUGUUCCUUCCUCGAUGCCCUCAUCUCUACUCCUCUCAAAUCUCGCAUUGAUCAAAAAGUUCGAAUUCGACCUCCCCACCUUUGAAGGCGGCGUAGCUCCCGAGUCUCUUCUUAGAAGUAAGAGUGCGGCCGGUUUACACGCCAGAGCUGAUAGAAGUGCUGUUGCUAGUGCAGUCAACAGCGAUGACGAAGGCGACACUCUUUCCGACCUGGACGAUCAAGCUGCUGCAUUGUUUGAGCCUGGUGGUCCAACUUCACGCCCCGCUGACUACGAGAAGCCACGGUUGAAAAAGAGACUUUUACAGCGAAAGGCACCUGAACUCAGCGAAGAGGAGAGGUUGCUCAGAGCACAAGAAAGGGAUGCCAGGGAGAGGGAGAAGAAUGCAAAGGUCAAAUCUGCGCUGCGCAUUACGGACUCUGAUGACGAGGAUGAUGCAGAAAAGGAUGCAGAGUUCUUUGCGUUGGAAGAGCAGAGGAGAAAGAAGAUCAGUGGUGUGAUAAGAAAUGCACUGUUGAAUGAAGUCGACGACUCGGCUGGUCAGAAGGGUAAGAGGAAGGCAAAGGCUACGAAGGAGAAGACUGCAAAGGGGAAGAAGAGGAAGACCAUCACAAUCGAGGAUGAUAGUGAUGGCGAUGGCGAGCUUGCUAGUGAUGCCGAGAUGAGAGAUGUCAGUGCUGUUGAUCUAUCUAGCGAUGCAGAGGAGGCGCCUGAGGAUACACCGAUGGAUACGGUGUCGCCGAUAAAGACCAGCACUGCUGUAGUGAUCGACGAGGACGAAAACGAGGAUGAGGAUGAUAUUGUGCAAGCCAGGCCUGCGCGAGCGAGACCAAGUGCAAGGCUGCCGUUCUCGGACGACAGUGAUAGCGACUGA